GAGGGACGUUGCUACAGUCAUCAGUUUGGAAUAGUUCGUUUAGCUUAAUUACCGCCCAUCAGGGCAGGAUUUUAGCUCGCUCAAAAUGGUCAAGUCAACGAUUCUAUUAGCGUUGUUGACGGUGGUCUGUCUAACUUGUGCUGUCCCAUUUGGAAGACGCGCAGAUAACAAUGCCGGCCAUAAAUCCUUUGGAAAUCCAGACGAACAGAUAACGAGAGAAAAUCGUCGAUUCCAUCAAGAGGAUGAUACGGAUAUUCCGAGGAGACGGGUAGCGCCAGUGCCUCGCCCGAGCAACAGAAAUCAGCAGUAUGAUGAUAACGAUAGCCGCGAAGAGGCUCCGAAACAGACAUCAGAUCAGAGUCGUCAUCGAAAUCGUUUUGUUCAAAACGUUGACGAGUAUGGGAACGUUGUUGAAAGUUCCGAUGACUCGAGCGACUCCGAUUGGGGUCGAGCAACUCCGGCUCAGCCGAGAACUUUGUACAAACACGAUAAUCGGCGAGUGUCCGAUUAUGAAAAUGAGGGAUAUUCAAAUCGGCCUCCGAAACGGUCGGGGAGCCAAAGUCGACGGUAUUAUGCAGACAAGAGUGGACAUUUCACGGACGAAUAUGGCAACCGUGUGAGGCUUCCCGUUCGAUCCGGAGAUUCAUCGGGAGGCAAAAAACAAUGGCAAAGCUCUAAUGAUCCGGGAAAACAAGGACGUCAGCAGCAUCGCAUUGUUCAAUAUAUCGAUGAAAAUGGUAAUGUAGUCGAAAGCACCGAUCAAGUAGUGGGAUCCGAAGGAUCAAGACAAUUCGGACACUCGCAUGCAGGACCAAGUGACAAGCGUAAACGUACGAAAGUCACAUAUUACGAUCAGUACGGCAAUGUUAUUUCAGAACCAAAACAACGAGAACCGGAGCAUAAUUUUGAACGAACCAGACCAUCGGUAAAUUCGGAGAGAGGAACGCGACGACCGGGAUACAAGGGUAGGCGGAAACCAUUCCGUGUUGUGAGGAUAUAUUACGAUGCGAAAGGCAAGGUCAUCGAAGAUUCUGAACUACCGGAAGGAUUCAAUGGAGGAGCGAAGCGACGUCCUGGACAUUGGAGUAGGAAACAAAGGAGGCCCUAUCGUAUCGUAACUACAUACUACGACGGCGACGGCAACGUUAUAGAAAAUCCUGCUCAAGCAGAAGAACUCGACGAAGGUGGGAGUACACCUAACAGAAGAAUACCCUAUUACGUUAUAAUUACGUAUGUAUAUGAAGAUGACAGAGUCGCCGGGAACGCUGGUGAUCCACACGUUUCGAAUGGUUACCCAGGCCAAUCUGGGAGUUCUAGAAAAAGAACACGGUUUAGACAUUAUCGUAUCAUAUUCACGUAUUUUGAUGAGUACGGAAACGUCUUCACAGGUCCUACUCCAGUCGAAGAUUCCAUCAAAUAUCCCAGGCUGACAAAAAAUUCCGUAGGAAGUUCUAACCAACGGAUAAAAAUUGGUAAUAAAUUCUAUUACAUUAUAUACAAAUUCGUCGAUGAAGACGGCAACAUUCUCGACAGCCCUUUGCAACCGGAAAUCUCCAAUGAAAACCCGGUACGACAUUCUGGUACAGAAGGAAAUUCAGGCCGCGAGAGAAGACCAAAGGUCUAUCGCAUUGUAGUGGAAUACGUAGAUGAGGAUGGUAAUGUAUUCGACAGUCACCUUCGUCCAGACGGCCACAGUCGAACAUCGGGUCAUGCGAUAUCCCAUCCGAAUGGUAAAAAAAGUAGAAAACCCUAUCAUUUCUUCAUCUCGUAUGUUGAUUACGACGGUUACAUUAUUGGAAGUCCUGAUCGACCAGAGGAAAGACCCGGUGGCAAACCGUACCGGAUCGUAGUCACGUACGUAGAUGACUCAGGCAAAGAAAUUGCCACUCCUGAUCAACCGAACAGCGACAGCUUCGAUGAGUCCGAGACCGAGCCACAGGGCAACACCCGAACAAAACCAGUACGACCAGGAUACCCUGAAGAAGACCCAAGACGACCGGGACGUCCGCAUAAAAAAAUCAGAUAUUACGACGAGGACGGCAAUGUUGUCGAUAACCCUGAAUAUCCAGAGGGAUUCGAUGAAAGCGAGACCGAGUCAGAGGGCAACGACGGAAAGCCAAGCCGACCUACAUAUCCAGCAGGAAAACCAGGUACAUCCGAAGUUGUAAUCAAUGAGCGCUUCAAGGAAGUUGAGCCUGAAAACGAUGAAAACCCAACAUCGACGCCAAACAAGCCGAAAACCACGACACAACCCGAUGAAACCGGUGAUAAUUACACUUCAGGAAAACCAGUACAGCCAGGAUACCGUGAAGAAGACCCGAGACGACCGGGACGUCUGCAUAAAAAGACGGUAAAAACACCGUAUGGAUUCGUAACCAGGUAUUACGACGAGGAUGGCAAUGUUGUCGAUAAUCCUGAAAAUCUAGAAGGAUUCGAUGAAACCGAAACCGAACCAGAGGGCAACACUCAAGGAAAACUACCACAGCCAGGGCAACCUCAAGUAGACCCAACACGACCGGGACGUCUGCAUAAAAAGACGGUCAAAACGCCGCAUGGAUUCGUAAUCAAAUAUUACGACGAGGAUGGCAAUGUUGUCGAUAAUCCUGAAAAUCCAGAAGGAUUCGAUGAAACCGAGACCGAGCCAGAGGGCAACACUCAAGGAAAACUACCACAGCCAGGGCAACCUCAAGUAGACCCAACACGACCGGGACGUCUGCAUAAAAAGACGGUCAAAACGCCGCAUGGAUUCGUAAUCAAAUAUUACGACGAGGACGGCAAUGUUGUCGAUAAUCCUGAAGAUCCAGAAGGAUUCGAUGAAACCGAGACCGAGCCAGAGGGCAACACUCAAGGAAAACUACCACAGCCAGGGCAACCUCAAGUAGACCCAACACGACCGGGACGUCUGCAUAAAAAGACGGUCAAAACACCGUAUGGAUUCGUAACCAGGUAUUACGACGAGGAUGGCAAUGUUGUCGAUAAUCCUGAAGAUCCAGAAGGAUUCGAUGAAACCGAGACCGAGCCAGAGGGCAACACUCAAGGAAAACUACCACAGCCAGGGCAACCUCAAGUAGACCCAACACGACCGGGACGUCUGCAUAAAAAGACGGUCAAAACGCCGCAUGGAUUCGUAAUCAAAUAUUACGACGAGGACGGCAAUGUUGUCGAUAAUCCUGAAGAUCCAGAAGGAUUCGAUGAAACCGAAAUCGAACCAGAGGGCAACACUCAAGGAAAACUACCACAGCCAGGGCAACCUCAAGUAGACCCAACACGACCGGGACGUCUGCAUAAAAAGACGGUAAAAACACCGUAUGGAUUCGUAACCAGGUAUUACGACGAGGAUGGCAAUGUUGUCGAUAAUCCUGAAGAUCCAGAAGGAUUCGAUGAAACCGAGACCGAGCCAGAGGGCAACACUCAAGGAAAACUACCACAGCCAGGGCAACCUCAAGUAGACCCAACACGACCGGGACGUCUGCAUAAAAAGACGGUCAAAACGCCGCAUGGAUUCGUAAUCAAAUAUUACGACGAGGAUGGCAAUGUUGUCGAUAAUUCUGAAAAUCCAGAAGGAUUCGAUGAAACCGAGACCGAGCCAGAGGGCAACACUCAAGGAAAACUACCACAGCCAGGGCAACCUCAAGUAGACCCAACACGACCGGGACGUCUGCAUAAAAAGACGGUCAAAACGCCGCAUGGAUUCGUAAUCAAAUAUUACGACGAGGACGGCAAUGUUGUCGAUAAUCCUGAAGAUCCAGAAGGAUUCGAUGAAACCGAAAUCGAACCAGAGGGCAACACUCAAGGAAAACUACCACAGCCAGGGCAACCUCAAGUAGACCCAACACGACCGGGACGUCUGCAUAAAAAGACGGUAAAAACACCGUAUGGAUUCGUAACCAGGUAUUACGACGAGGAUGGCAAUGUUGUCGAUAAUCCUGAAGAUCCAGAAGGAUUCGAUGAAACCGAGACCGAGCCAGCGGGCAACACUCAAGGAAAACUACCACAGCCAGGGCAACCUCAAGUAGACCCAACACGACCGGGACGUCUGCAUAAAAAGACGGUCAAAACGCCGCAUGGAUUCGUAAUCAAAUAUUACGACGAGGACGGCAAUGUUGUCGAUAAUCCUGAAAAUCUAGAAAGAUUCGAUGAAACCGAAAUCGAACCAGUGGGCAACACUCAAGGAAAACUACCACAGCCAGGGCAACCUCAAGUAGACCCAACACGACCGGGACGUCUGCAUAAAAAGACGGUCAAAACGCCGCAUGGAUUCGUAAUCAAAUAUUACGACGAGGACGGCAAUGUUGUCGAUAAUCCUGAAAAUCCAGAAGGAUUCGAUGAAACCGAGACCGAGCCAGAGGGCAACACUCAAGGAAAACUACCACAGCCAGGGCAACCUCAAGUAGACCCAACACGACCGGGACGUCUGCAUAAAAAGACGGUAAAAACACCGUAUGGAUUCGUAACCAGGUAUUACGACGAGGAUGGCAAUGUUGUCGAUAAUCCUGAAGAUCCAGAAGGAUUCGAUGAAACCGAGACCGAGCCAGAGGGCAACACUCAAGGAAAACUACCACAGCCAGGGCAACCUCAAGUAGACCCAACACGACCGGGACGUCUGCAUAAAAAGACGGUCAAAACACCGUAUGGAUUCGUAACCAGGUAUUACGACGAGGAUGGCAAUGUUGUCGAUAAUCCUGAAAAUCCAGAAGGAUUCGAUGAAACCGAGACCGAGCCAGAGGGCAACACUCAAGGAAAACUACCACAGCCAGGGCAACCUCAAGUAGACCCAACACGACCGGGACGUCUGCAUAAAAAGACGGUAAAAACACCGCAUGGAUUCGUAAUCAAAUAUUACGACGAGGACGGCAAUGUUGUCGAUAAUCCUGAAAAUCCAGAAGGAUUCGAUGAAACCGAGACCGAGCCAGAGGGCAACACUCAAGGAAAACUACCACAGCCAGGGCAACCUCAAGUAGACCCAACACGACCGGGACGUCUGCAUAAAAAGACGGUAAAAACACCGCAUGGAUUCGUAAUCAAAUAUUACGACGAAGACGGCAAUGUUGUCGAUAAUCCUGAAGAUCCAGAAGGAUUCGAUGAAACCGAGACCGAGCCAGAGGGCAACACUCAAGGAAAACUACCACAGCCAGGGCAACCUCAAGUAGACCCAACACGACCGGGACGUCUGCAUAAAAAGACGGUAAAAACGCCGCAUGGAUUCGUAAUCAAAUAUUACGACGAGGAUGGCAAUGUUGUCGAUAAUCCUGAAGAUCCAGAAGGAUUCGAUGAAACCGAGACCGGGCCAGAGGGCAACACUCAAGGAAAACUACCACAGCCAGGGCAACCUCAAGUAGACCCAACACGACCGGGACGUCUGCAUAAAAAGACGGUCAAAACGCCGCAUGGAUUCGUAAUCAAAUAUUACGACGAGGACGGCAAUGUUGUCGAUAAUCCUGAAGAUCCAGAAGGAUUCGAUGAAACCGAGACCGAGCCAGAGGGCAACACUCAAGGAAAACUACCACAGCCAGGGCAACCUCAAGUAGACCCAACACGACCGGGACGUCUGCAUAAAAAGACGGUAAAAACACCGUAUGGAUUCGUAACCAGGUAUUACGACGAGGAUGGCAAUGUUGUCGAUAAUCCUGAAGAUCCAGAAGGAUUCGAUGAAACCGAGACCGAGCCAGAGGGCAACACUCAAGGAAAACUACCACAGCCAGGGCAACCUCAAGUAGACCCAACACGACCGGGACGUCUGCAUAAAAAGACGGUAAAAACACCGUAUGGAUUCGUAACCAGGUAUUACGACGAGGAUGGCAAUGUUGUCGAUAAUCCUGAAGAUCCAGAAGGAUUCGAUGAAACCGAGACCGAGCCAGAGGGCAACACUCAAGGAAAACUACCACAGCCAGGGCAACCUCAAGUAGACCCAACACGACCGGGACGUCUGCAUAAAAAGACGGUAAAAACACCGCAUGGAUUCGUAAUCAAAUAUUACGACGAGGACGGCAAUGUUGUCGAUAAUCCUGAAAAUCCAGAAGGAUUCGAUGAAACCGAGACCGAGCCAGAGGGCAACACUCAAGGAAAACUACCACAGCCAGGGCAACCUCAAGUAGACCCAACACGACCGGGACGUCUGCAUAAAAAGACGGUCAAAACGCCGCAUGGAUUCGUCAUCAAAUAUUACGACGAGGACGGCAAUGUUGUCGAUAAUCCUGAAAAUCCAGAAGGAUUCGAUGAAACCGAGACCGAGCCAGAGGGCAACACUCAAGGAAAACUACCACAGCCAGGGCAACCUCAAGUAGACCCAACACGACCGGGACGUCUGCAUAAAAAGACGGUAAAAACACCGCAUGGAUUCGUAAUCAAAUAUUACGACGAGGACGGCAAUGUUGUCGAUAAUCCUGAAAAUCCAGAAGGAUUCGAUGAAACCGAGACCGAGCCAGAGGGCAACACUCAAGGAAAACUACCACAGCCAGGGCAACCUCAAGUAGAGCCAAGCCGACUUACAUACCCAGCAGGAAAACCAGGUACGUCCGAAGUUGUAAUCAAUGAGCGCUUCAAGGAAGACGAACCUGAAGACGAUAAAAACUCAACAUUGAGGCCAAACAAGCCGAAAACCACGACACAGCCCGAUGAAACCGGUGAAAAUUCAACUUCAGGAAAACCAGUACAGCCAGGAUACCGUGAAGAAGACCCGAGACGACCGGGACGUCCGCAUAAAAAAACGAUAAAAACUCCGCAUGGAUUCGUAAUCAAAUAUUACGACGAGGACGGCAAUGUUGUCGAAAACCCUGAAAAUCCAGAAGAAUUCGAUGAUACCGAGACUGAGCCGGAAGAUAAGACUGGUAAUUCGAAUCAUCCAGGUAGUGGCAAUAAAAAACCACGCAAAAAGCCUUACCGAGUUGAAGUCGAAUUUUACGAUGAAAACGGUAAGAUUGUCGAGAACCCCGAUGAAUUCGAAGUCUUCAAUGAAAGUCUAAGUAUUCCAGGUAAUAAUACCAAUGAUUCAAGACAAUCAGAACAUCCCGAAGGAAAUCCCAGGAAGAAGCAUAUCCGAGUGGUAGUCAAAUAUUACGAUGAGGAUGGUAAUAUUGUGAACAACCCUGAUCAAACAGAAGGUCCUGACGGAACUGCGAACGAACCAAACCCCACUUCAGGCCAACCUGGACAUGUAACUGCAGGGGAUGGACAGUUGGGACGUCCAGAUGGAAAACCUAGUAAAAAACCCUAUCACGUUAUAGUUACGUAUCUAGAUGAAGAUGACAAAGAGUUCGAAAACCUUGAUCAUCCAGAAGGUUCGGGUGGUCAACCGAGUCAACCAGAAAGUUUGACGGAGCGACCAAAUGGUAAACGUUAUCGUGUCAAGAUCACUUAUAUCGAUGGAGAUGGCAACAUCGUCAAGGAUCCAAGUCAUCCUACAGGUCUUGAUGGAAUUUCGGGUGAACCGGGCAAUCUGAUAGGAAGUCCUGGACAGCCGAUAAAAAUUGGCAAUAAAACCUAUCACAUCAAAUACGAGUACGUCGAUGAAGACGGCAAUGUUCUCGAUAGCCUUUUGCAACCAGAUGUCUUGGAUAAAAACCCAGUACAACCCGGAAGUUCGGAAGAAAUUCCAGGUCGUAGAAGACGGCCUAAAAUCUAUCGCAUUGUGAUUAAAUAUGUAGAUGAGAACGGUCGUGUGUACGACAAUCUCGUUCAACCUGAGAGCCCAGUCGGAGCUGGAAAACAUUCGGAAAGUCCGAACGAAAAACCAAGUAGAAAACCCUAUCAUUACCGCGUCACCUAUGUUGAUUACGACGGCCACGUUAUCGAGAGUCCUGAUCGGCCAGAGGAAAGACCAGCGGACAAACCGUACCGCAUCAUAGUCACGUGCGUAGAUGAUUCGGGUAAAGUUAUUCCUGAUCCUGAAGAACCGAAAAAUAGCAGCGGUCUUCCACGUCAGCCAGGUAGCUCACAAUUCGAUCCAUCGCAGGCGAGAAACUUCGAAAUAACACCAGGUCGAAAACCUCAUCACGCUCUAGUUACUUAUGUAUAUGACGAUGACGAAGAUUUUGAGAAUUCGGAUCAUCCGGAAAGCUCAGGUCAACCUGGAACUUCUAAAAAAAGACCACGUGGUAAAUUUUAUUACGUCAUAAUUACGUAUAUUGAUGAGUAUGGCAACGUCGUCCAGGAUCCUAGUAAACCUAAGAGUUCCGAUGAACACCCAGGACAAACGGAAAGUUCAAUAGGAAGUCCUGAGCAACCGAUAAAAGUAGGUGGUAAAACCUAUCACAUUAAAUAUGAGUACGUCGAUGAAGACGGCAAUGUUUUCGACAGUCUUUUGCAACCAGACAUCUCGGAUGCAAGUACGGGACAACCAGAAAGUCCUCAAAAUAUACCAGAACGUCGGCGAAGAACCAAAGUCUAUCGUGUUGUAAUAAAAUACGUAGAUGAGGAUGGUAAUGUUUUGGAUGGCCUCAAUCAACUGGGGGGCUCUGGUGAAGGUCCGAGCCAACCAGGAUCUGUUGUCGUAGAUAAAAAGUCUCCAGGUGCCAUUGUUCUCAAAGAAAAUCCAGAGAAUCGUGAUGAUGGAAGUAUAGGGCAUCCGGAAUCAGAGGGACGAGAAUCAAACGAACCGAUAAGACUAAUUACCAAAACCCUUCGCCCAGUUUACAAGUAUAUAGAUCAGGAUGGCAAUGUUUUCGAUCACAUUCCAUCAGAAGACUCUGAUGAGAGUUCAGUUCAACCAGGAAAACCAGGAGAAAAAAAGAUACCUAGAGUCUAUCGCAUUAAAGUCACAUAUGUUGAUGUAGAUGAAGAUGGAAAUGAUGGUGUAGUAAGUGUAGGAGGAAAAGUUGAUGGAGGCAUCAGUGGAGGUGUAAAUGGAAAUGUAGGAAGCAACGUUGGGGGAGGAAUCGACGCAAAUGCAGGUGGAAAUGUGGGAGGAACAGUAGAUAGAAAGAUUGGUGGAACUGCUGAUGGAAAUGUAGGAGGCAAUGUUGGAAGGGAAAUUGACACAGGUGUAGGUGGAAAUGUGGGAGGCAAAGCUGACGGAAGAAUCGGCGGAACUGCCGAUGGAAACGUAGGGGGCAAUGUUGAAGGACGAAUCGGUGGAACUGCAGAUGGAAACGUAGAGGGCAAUCUCGGAGGAGGAAUCGAUGCAAAUGCAGGUGGAAACGUAGGGGGUAAUGUUGGAGGGGGAAUCGACGCAAGUGCAGGUGGAAACGUGGGAAGCAAUCUCGGAGGAGGAAUCGAUGCGAAUGCAGGUGGAAACGUAGGGGGCAAUGUUGGAGGAGGAAUCGACGCAAAUGCAGGUGGAAAUGUAGGGGGCAAUGUUGGAGGAGGAAUAGACGCAGGUGCAGGUGGAAACGUGGGAAGCAAUCUCGGAGGAGGAAUCGAUGCGAAUGCAGGUGGAAAUCUGGGAGGCAAUGUCGGAGGAGGAAUCGACGCAGGCGCAGGUGGAAACGUGGGAGGCAAUGUUGGAGGCCGAAUCGGUGGAACUGCAGAUGGAAACGUAGAGGGCAAUCUCGGAGGAGGAAUCGAUGCAAAUGCAGGUGGAAACGUAGGGGGUAAUGUUGGAGGAGGAAUCGACGCAGGUGCAGGUGGAAACGUAGGGGGCAAUCUCGGAGGAGGAAUCGACGCAGGUGCAGGUGGAAACGUAGGGGGCAAUCUCGGAGGAGGAAUCGACGCAGGUGCAGGUGGAAACGUAGGGGGCAAUCUCGGAGGAGGAAUCGACGCAGGCGCAGGUGGAAAUUUGGGAGGCAAUCUCGGAGGAGGAAUCGACGCAGGCGCAGGUGGAAAUUUGGGAGGCAAUGUUGGAGGAGGAAUCGACGCAGGCGCAGGUGGAAAUUUGGGAGGCAAUGUUGGAGGAGGAAUCGGAGUAGGUACACAUGGAAACACGGGAGGAAAUGUUGGAGGUGGAAUAGGAGUUGGUUGGGGCGGAAAUGCCGGUACAGGAACAGGUUGGGGAUGGGGCAAAAAUACCGGAGGAAACGUCGGAGGUACAGCUGGAAUUGGUUGGGGUGUGAAUAGCGGUAAAGGAAUUACCUGGCCAUGGGGAACAAAUGCCGGAGGAAAUAUCGGAGUCGGAACGGCAGGCACUUGGGGUGGAAAAGCUGGUGCGGGAACUGGUGGACGUGUAGGUACGGGAUGGGGAUGGGGAGGAAAUGCAGGUACAGGUGGUAGUAGUGGGUCGAGAUGGGGAAGCAAUAUAGGAAUUUCUGGCAUGGGAGGAGGAUUUGACGUAAACGCAUCAAAAAAUGUCGGUGGUACAGGAGGUGUGAGCGGUGGAAGUUCAAUGGGAUGGGGAGGAAAGAUUGGUGAAUGGGGAGAGAAGAUUGCCGGUUGGGGGGGAAUUACAGGUAAUGACAAAAAACAUGUUGGACACCGCUGGGGUUAAUAAAACAUGCUCGAAGAUAUGAGUUCACUCAUUGCAUCAUUCUUUUACGGUAUUUCGAGAUUGAAAAAUAGACGACGUUUCAUCAAAUCAAACCUUUCAAUAACCACUUGUGCAAUUUAAAUUCAGAAAUUAGUUGAUGUCCUACGAAAUAGGGUAGAAAUAAUGUGACUGUCACAUAUUUAAAUGGUGCUGCUUGAAUCUUUCAUUCAAUAGAAUGGACAAGGUUUCUCACAAUUAAGGUGUUUCAUAAAUUUGUUUAUAAACACGAGUUCAAAGGUCUUACAAUAAGAUGCAUUCAAUUUUUUAUCUGUCAUAUCGAUUGUGAAUAACUCCGUUCGAUAAUUUUUUCUUUACGAUACAAAAUUUAAUCUUAUACUUGAAUUAAAUCGAUUAUCAUCAA